GGACGAGGAGGAGGAGGAGGAGGAGGAGGAUGAGCGCCAGGCAGGUAUCGGUGGGUGGGACGGUCAAGGACAGAGUCGGCGGGAACUCAGGGAAGGUAGUCACUUAGUUGGUCGGCAGCGUCAGUGCAACACACACCGACACACACGCUGCGCCGCUGACUUCUUCCCUUCGUAUAUAAACCGCUGCACGAUAUACGUAGACUGGCUAAGUACGUCUCCUGUCCGACAGAAAACUACAGACAGACAAGAUGUGGCGGCUGGCACAGAGGGUGGCCUUACUCUUGGUCUUCGCCUCGCUAUCAGCUGGUCAGCGCAGCGUGGAGACCAUUGACCUGGCCGGCUCCCGCUACUUCAUUUCCCAGACGUCGCCCUACGUGCCCACCCUCAACUGGUUCCUCGCCUACCAAUACUGCCGCACCAUCGGCAUGGAGCUCCUCAGUAUUGGCACUGCGGAGGAAGCCGAGCUCAUCACCUCCUACCUUGCCGCCAACCGUCUGAGUGACACUGACUACUGGACGAGCGGGAACCAGCUUGGGUCACAUCACUGGAUGUGGAUGGCCACCGGCGAGCGAUUCAACGGCUCCUUCAACUACUGGGCCGCUGAGGAGCCCUUCACGAGCAAACAAGGCAACUUGUGCAUGAGUGCCAACAAUGGGGCGUGGGUGCCACAGAGCUGCAUGGAUGAGAAGUACUUCAUCUGUGAGCUGACGCGGUGCUUCUUUGUCAACUUCGUGAGCGCCAGCCGCAGCUCAUCUCAGGGCGCCCUGCCCACCACACCCAGGAUCCCUCUUCGCAGAAACAAGUCACCUCCUCGCCCCAUCGCCAGCCAAGCUCAGAGCCCCACACACCAGCCACAGCAACAGAGACAACCAGAACCAAGACCACAGCCACACAGAGCAACAGCAGCCCAGAGCCAAACCCGUCAGCCAGGCACUUCUAGCUUCCCACAACCCACCGUGACACCCGACAGAGGCAUUACUGCGACAACACUGGACCUUACAACUUUUGAAGGAGAUACUUUCCCUACCACUGGAGAGCCUCCCAAGACAAUGCCUACACCCGUUCCUGAGGAGCUGCCUGAAGACACAACAGACCACGUUAAGAUCAUGCCAGGAGUGAACCUAGACUUGGAUCGUGCAGUCCACAACAACGAAAUAAUCCACUCACGUCCUAUCAACCCACCCACUAUCAACCCACUACAGCUCCUUCAGCCUCCCACACGAGAGUUUUCCACAUCCUCUUUCUCCCCCUCCCCAUUCUCAUCUCCCUCAUCUCCCUCCUCUAUCCCACUACAACCAGAAGCCUCCUCUAACUUCACAGUAAGAAGGCCUCUCAGCAGAAAGGAAACAUUCAGUUGGGCCUUUCUGGAUCAAGGGUCAAAUUGAAGUGACAAAAUGAGCUUCAGAUUGCAACGUCCACUUUAAACAACUUCCUAAUAGCAUUAUACGGUGCCAUGUGUUGUUGGUUUUCCAUAGUUUAUGUGUUGAAGAUUAAGGAGUGCUGUUAACCUGCUACUGUGCCAUGGGAAAAGUUGUUAUCCAUCUCCUUAGUUCCUUGGUUUAUGCAUGUUGAAGGCAACGGACUGCUGUGAAUCUGUUGCAGUGACCUGGUUAGACUUGUUAAGUUCCUCCUUCAAACAUAUUACACCCAGAUGUUUUUUUU